UGCUAGAUCUAUUUUAUAUUUAGUCAAUGCUCGUGUUAACCAACGCCUAUGAAUGACAUUAAAUUGCAUAUGUAUAAUCAACAUUGUGACUUUAAUAUACGUUUCAUAAUUUCAUUUUCUUAAGUGAUAAUAUCUCGAAAUGAUUUUUAAAAAGGCAAUCGUAUAUGCUAAUUUAUUACUUUUGUUCACAGUGAUAGGUACUCAAGCGAUUCGUUGUUAUCAGUGUAGUAGUGAUACUGAUCCUAAGGGCGAAGAUCUGUGUGGAGCAUAUGGAAAAUUUGAUAAAGAGAAAAAUAUCGCCAUCGAAUGUAACAGCGAAGAGUCACACAUGCCUGGUACAUUCUGUGUUAAAAUAACACAUCAGAGUCCUCGUGGUUUUAUUUGGGACGGUAGAUGGCGUCAAGUGAUUCGUCGAUGUUCUUCUGUAGCCAGUACUGGAGUCACAGGUGUUUGUAAUUGGGGAGUCUAUGAAAAUGGUGUAUAUUGGGAAGAAUGCUCUUGUUCUGAAAACAAUUGUAAUACAGCAUCAUCCUUAUCGUCAUUCCCAAUAAUUAUCUUAUUGAGUCUUGCUAUUUCAAUUACCAUAUUCUCUUUGAGAUAAAAGUAUG